UCACCACUCAGGCUGUCAGGCAUUCGCCGAAGACACACUUGACAGCAAUGGCUGCUGCUCUGGCCGCCAUGGUCGUCCUCGCGCUUCGAACAGUCGCCGGCGCAGCCUCGACGCCGGCUGCUGCGGCGGCGACGACGUCCAGGAGUCCGGUCAUCUACAUUUUCGGGGACUCCAUGUCGGACGUGGGAAACAACAACUACCUCCUCCUCUCCCUCGCCAAGUGCAACUACCCCUGGUACGGCAUCGAUUACAAGAACGGCUACCCCACCGGGAGGUUCACUAAUGGCAGGACCAUCGGAGACAUCAUGGCCGCCAAGUUUGGCUCCCCGCCGCCGGUGCCGUUCCUCUCCCUGUACAUGACCGACGACGAGGUCCUCGGCGGCGUCAACUUCGCGUCCGGCGGCGCUGGGCUCCUCAACGAGACUGGCAUCUACUUUGUCCAGUACCUGUCGUUCGACAGCCAGAUAUCGUCCUUCGAGCAGAUCAAGAACGCGAUGAUCGCCAAGAUCGGCAAGAAGGCCGCCGAGGAGACUAUCAAUGGCGCGAUCUUCCAGAUCGGGCUCGGAAGCAACGACUACGUCAACAACUUCCUGCGGCCAUUCAUGGCGGACGGCAUCGUGUACACCCACGACGAGUUCAUCGGCCUCCUCAUGGACACCAUCGACAGGCAGCUGACGAGACUGUACAAGCUCGGCGCGCGCCACAUCUGGUUCAGCGGGCUGGCGCCUCUCGGCUGCAUCCCGUCGCAGCGCGUGCUCUCGGACGGCGGCGGCGAGUGCCUGGACGACGUGAACACGUACGCCAUCCAGUUCAACGCCGCGGCCAAGGACCUACUCGAGGGGCUGAACGCUAAACUGCCCGGCGCGCGCAUGUACCUCUCCGACUGCUACUCCAUCGUCAUGGAGCUCAUCGACCACCCCGAGAAACACGGGUUCAAGACGUCGCACACGUCGUGCUGCGACGUGGACACGACGGUGGGGGGUCUCUGCCUGCCGACCGCGCAGCUCUGCGCCGACCGCAGGGACUUCGUGUUCUGGGACGCGUACCACACCUCCGACGCCGCCAACCAGGUCAUCGCCGACCGCCUCUUCGCCGACAUGGUGGGCUCCGGCGCCGUCGUCCCGAGGAACGGCACGUCCCCACCCCGAGUGGUUAGCGCGCCGGCGCCGGCGCACGCCUCGCCUGCACGCAUGCCGUGAUCACCCGUGCGCGCAACGGCAUGGAAGCGCCCUUCUGUGUGGCACUGGCAACGCGGUCCGUGUUCCAGUAGUGCCCACCGUUGCAGACGUGCAUUUGCUCCGUGCAGCUAAGGACAUGUGCUUGAUGAAAAUACAGGGAAUAGAGCAAGAUGAAAUCGUAGCGUUGCCAUUGUAGACCAUUUUCUGUGGCAAAAGAAUGAACUGACGUCUCCAAUUGUUUUUCUUUGAAAGACCACGCCCACAAUUUUUCAAAAAUUAAAUAUCCAAGAAUCUGAGUUUUGUACUA